AUGGCUGCUACAAUUGAGUGGUUUGGCACGACUACAUAUCGCUUGAAGGCCGCUGGCCUGGUAAUCUGGCUUGAUACUUGGCUCGAACGACCCUCUGUUUUGCCGAAAUAUUUAAACAUCGACGAUGUCGAAGAGGCCGACUACAUCUUCAUAUCGCAUGCCCACUAUGACCACAUGCCAGGCGCUGAUCUCAUUGCGAAGAAGACGGGUGCUAUUGUGAUUGCCAACGGCGAAGCCAUUAACAUUCUCCGAAAUGCCAAGGUCCCGGAGGAGCAGCUCAUGCCAGUCGCCGGCGGUGAGAGAAUUCCGCUCUUUCUCAAGGCCGACCGUGACCGCGCCGCGGCGGGGACAAUCGAAAUCGCGCCGUGUCCGCCAGGAGCUCCUGCGCGACCACACGGCCGCUUCGCUGCUUUCCAAGUCCACGUAUGGCCUUCCUUGCACUGCUUCAUGCCCGGUGACUUCGGACACCCCCCAGAUACCGUCGAUACGAGAACCGAAUAUACUGGCGAGGCUAGCCCGUACACCUGUACGCUUGACAUCACAAUUGGGAUGAAAUACGGUCUCCUACGGAUGGGAGACCUCAUCCCGAAGGAGCAUAGAGACCCGGGCAUUCAAUCUACCAUUGACUAUCUAGAUCAUAAAGAACGACACUUGUUUUCGCACUUUGACGGUGGCCAGCUUGCCUUCAACUUCCUCAUCAGUCCCGACAAAACUGUCUUCUGGAAUGCGCACAUGGGCGCCUACGAAGGCGUCAUCAAGGACAUGGAGCCGAAGCCCGAUGUCGCCAUUCUGGCAUUGGCUGGCCGGGCAAAUCUUGACGGGCGUCCUUACAAUGGUUCAGCGGCACAGUUCAUCGUCAAAAUGAUCAACUGGCUGAAGCAACCCAAGUCCGUCAUUUGGUGCCUCCACGACGAAAGCUCGAUACGCCCUUGGAGGGUAGAUACUACCGGUGCCGACGAGCUGGUGCACAGCCAGACGGCGUCUCGAGUCCUGUCCCUGGAAGCCGCUGUUCCGACCUUUAUUUAG